AUGUUGGGUGAAUAUGAAAGUCAUGCUGAUUAUUAUUCACAAUGGCAUCAACCCUAUCAUUAUUCCAGCCAAAGACCUUAUGAUUCCGUGGGAUUAUCCGACGUAGAUCGACAGCAACUUUGCUGCGGAGGAGACUCAGGAAUAUCCGGCGGCAGUUCUGACGCCGGAAGUGGAUCGGCAUCGACACCUCCUCUGCCAUUAGAAGAAUUCGGGGGCCCGGAUUCAAUUUACGGCUCUCCAAUUCAACACUAUUCGCACUCGAUACCUCAGCAACUGUAUUCUUCAAUGCACUACUCUCAGCAGCAAUACCUAGACCAGCAAAAUCAUCAAAAUUCAAGCCAGCAGAAGCUGGACCGACAUAUCGACUUCUCGAUGUCAGUUACUCACCUCCAGAACCUCAAUAAUAUGCCCGGAACAGGAUCUACCGAGCACCUCCAGCUCAGCCUGCACCACCACAUGAACUCAAUCUCCCACGACAGCUCCUCGACUUUGAUCAUCAGGCCCAAAAGGAGGAACACCGCGAAUAAAAAGGAAAGACGACGGACUCAAAGUAUUAAUAAUGCGUUUGCUGACCUGAGAGAUUGCAUCCCAAAUGUUCCGGCGGAUACUAAGUUGUCCAAGAUAAAAACUCUUAGAUUAGCCGCUUCUUAUAUUGGAUACCUGAUGGCUGUUUUGGAGAGUGAUAAAGAAGACGAGCCACAAACAUUCCGCGCUGAAAUUUUGUCCAGUGGAAAAAGAAGUAAAUCUCAGCAAAAUUCGAAUGACUCGUAUCAAAACAUAAGCAAUUUUUAUGAAGAAACGUCAAAGUGUAAAGGAAGAACUGGAUGGCCUCAGCACAUGUGGGCACAAGAAUUGAAGCAAGAAUCUUCAUCAACCACGACGUCGGCGUCUUUAACAGUCAGUCAGUUACAAUAG